CUCCACUUCCCAUCUUCUAUCCCCCUGAUUGUUUAUCCCCUACCUAUUGUGGUUUAUGAUACUAUUCGGUAUGAUUUCGUGAGUUUGUAUUCAGUCCACAAUUAUUACUGGAGACUGUAUCUGUUAGAUCUACUUCGUUUCGUCAUCGGAACCGAAUGAUCUUGCCGUCAACAGGUCGAACGGUUUCUGAUCCACUAGAUAACUCUCUCAUCUACCCGUGAUCUACGGGUCAGAUCGCAACAGAGACAUGUUCGGCUUGCCCUCUAAACGUCAAAGAGGUUCUGAGGAGCUUGCCGAUCUUGACAGUAGCGCAAUCCACGAAAGAAAGAAAUUCCGUUCUUUAGCUCUGCGCACUUCCCCACAAUGUUUCCAGAAGCUGUCCUUCGCCCAUAUGAACCACACGGUUUCUGAUUUGAGUUUAUCUACCUUGACCCCUGUGGAGUCCUCGGAGGAUGACGAUGACAUCGACGGGUAUCCCACGCACGUGCACACCGGCCGGACAGAUAGUAAGGGGGAAUUGCCCCACCAGACGGCUCACGCUCAUAUUCCACAUACGGCAAUGGAUAUAGAUCUUGAUAGAGAAAUGCUGCAUCCAGUCAGGGGUAGGACCCAAUGCCCGUGGGCAGCCAAUGCACCCAGCAAUCGAGAUGUUCAACCGUCGCCGAUUCCCCACAAUCUAGUAAACCAGUCUCUCACCAUCAGCGAGCGGCAGGCUGAAAACUCUGCAUACGAAUAUGCUCACCCAUCGAUGAAUGAACAGAAUCCUGCGCUGUCGAUGUAUAAUCAGCCUUCUAAUGACUUUAUCCCAUCCUGUUCUGGUAUCCAGCGCCUCCCCAGCCCAGUCAGUGAAGGUGAAGAUACCGUGGCAAGCAUCAAAGACACUGUUAGUGAUGACGUUGAAAUGGCGUACAACUCAUCUCGCCCGGCUUCUUUCUCUUCAUCGACUUGGUCAGGGAUAGAGGACAGACCCCCCAAUAUACAGCAGGACAUGCCACCUACGGAUGUCGGGAAAGAUAAGCAACACGGCUCCGCACCCAAGGGCGUGUCAAACAAAAAGAAAAUCUCCUUCUCAAUGGGCUUUCGAGCUGAUUGCGAAAAGUGCCGGUUUAAGGUCCCUGGUCACUAUAGUCAUAUCAUCCGCACCUGAUAUGUCUGCAAUUCACCGCUGUUCUCACGACCACAUCAAUUGUACAUUAUUACAUGCGAAGAUACCAGGAUCGGAACGGAGUCAGGUAAUGGGAUCCGAUUAUUACAUCAUGUCAUUUCAAGGCGUUCGAGAAGAAAAAUCCAAGUUUGUACAUUUAAUCGCCUAGAUGGCAAUGGCAAUGAAUGGGCUUGAAGACAUUAAGUUUGCUCUCGGGUAUGGAGUGGAAAUCCCAUCUUCCGACCAGCCGUUCCGAUGCGGCUGACAUAAGCAAUCAUAUCCGACGGAC